AUGAGGUAUCAGAAUCUCGCAUCGAUUGCCCUCGCAGCCCUGAGCGCGAGCACCUCCGUUUCUGCGGUCCCUCUUAAGCCUGAGGAAAAUGGCCACUGCCCAGCAGGGUAUUCGCCGAGCGUAUACUACAUCACUGUCACUGCGGAGCCCACUCAGGUUGUUGAACCAACUCCCUCGGUCUCCUCAGUCUACUCCGAGUCUUCAGAGUCCUCCUCGACCGUCUCAACCGCCUCAACUACGUCGAGUACUGCAACCUCUUCAACCACGGAAGAAGCAAUUCCUACCAUAGGCGCCAUUGAGACAAUCCCAGCUGCCUUUUUCCAGGAGUCUUCUAGCACCGAGUCAACUGAAUCUCCUUCUUCAACCCUAUCCAUCGUAGAAUCAGCACCCACCCAAGUUGCUGUCGCCCAACCUACAACCACGACCACAACGACCGAACCCCAGUCCACCUCCACGACAACAGCAGCUACUGCGAACAAGGAAACCACCACAUCGGACGCAUCCUCCUCCACUAAAAGCGCAGCCGCCACUACUUCCGGAAAAGCCACCUUCUACGGUGGCAAUCUUUCCGGCGGAGCCUGCUCGUUCAGCGACUACACCAUCCCCUCGCAUCUAUUCGGAACCGCCUUCUCCGGUAAGGCCUGGGACAACGCCGCAGAAUGCGGUGCAUGCGUCUCCGUUACUGGCCCCAGCGGUAACUCUAUCAAGGCUAUGAUCGUUGACGAAUGCCCCGAAUGCGCCUCCAGCGACCUCGACCUCUUCGAGUCCGCCUUCACCGAACUCGGCUCCGCAUCCACAGGGAUUCUCCCCGUCUCAUGGACCUUCACGCCCUGCUCAAUCACCUCGCCGCUAAUCCUCAAAAACAAAGAGGGCACGUCGGCUUACUGGUUCUCGAUGCAGGUUGUUAACGCGAAUGAAGCCGUGGCUUCGCUUGAGGUUAGCACGGAUAACGGAUCAACCUGGCAAAAGACUACACGGAGCGAGUAUAACUUCUUUGAGAAUGAUUCGGGGUUUGGUUCCGAGAGCGUGGAUGUUAGGGUUACGGGUGCUAGUGGGAGUAGCGUUGUUGUGAAGAACGUGGGGGUUAGUUCUGGGAAGAGCGUUACUGCGGUUGAGAAUCUCUGA